GCACUUUAAUCUCUAAUUUUUUUUCUGUUUUAUUUAUUUAUUUCUAUUCUAUUUAUUUCGCAGUUCUACAUGUAAAUAAAUAUUAAUACAUGUACUUUUAUGGUCUGUCGUUAGUUUGGAAGAUCUCAGCCAACAGAAUUGCAGUGCAGUAUGAAUUCUCCCUAUGCAGCCUUGCAGUACUGUCCAGAACGCACCUUUCAGAGAUUGAGAGACCCUUCAUCCUGCUUGUCCUGGAGAGAGAGCUCGUUCCUCACCUCAAUGUCUCAGUCCCAGUCGUCACAGACAAGCGACAUCGUCAGCCAGGAUGUCUUCAACCAGUUGUUGGAAAUGCUGGACCAGUCCUCCUUUCACUCAGUCCAGCCCAUCGAGCUCAACUUCUCUGACAGCCCGACUGAUGGGUCUGCGGCCAACACCAUUCAGAUCAGCAUGGACUGCAUCACCAUGCGAGGGCCCGAGGACCCCUUCUCCUCUCAGUACACAAACCUGGGGCUCCUUAACAGCAUGGACCAGCAGAUACAAAAUGGCGGCUCUUCCUCCACGAGCCCCUACAACAACGACCACGCCCAGAACAGCGUGACAGCCCCAUCGCCCUACGCUCAGCCCAGCUCCACCUUCGACGCCCUCUCCCCGUCGCCCGCCAUCCCCUCCAACACCGACUACGCCGGCCCCCACACCUUCGACGUGUCCUUCCAACAGUCCAGCACCGCCAAGUCCGCAACAUGGACGUAUUCCACAGAGUUGAAGAAAUUGUAUUGCCAGAUCGCCAAGACAUGUCCCAUUCAAAUCAAGGUCCUGACCAACCCGCCCCAGGGUGCCGUCAUCCGGGCUAUGCCUGUCUACAAGAAGGCAGAGCACGUCACCGAGGUGGUCAAACGCUGCCCCAACCACGAGCUCAGUCGAGAGUUCAACGACGGUCAGACGGCUCCGCCCAGCCACCUGAUUCGGGUGGAGGGAAACAGCCACGCCCAGUACCUGGAGGACACGAUAACAGGCCGGCAGAGCGUGCUGGUGCCAUACGAACCGCCCCAGGUUGGCACCGAGUUCACCACCAUCCUGUACAACUUCAUGUGUAACUCCAGCUGCGUGGGGGGCAUGAACCGGCGCCCCAUCCUCAUCAUCGUCACUCUGGAAACCAGAGACGGUCAGGUCCUGGGACGCCGCUGCUUUGAGGCUCGUAUCUGCGCCUGCCCCGGAAGGGACCGGAAGGCGGACGAGGACAGCAUCCGCAAGCAGCACGUGACGGAGGGGACAAAGAGCAGUGAGGGUACGAAGCGCCCCUUCCGCCAGGCCUCGCACGGCAUCCAGAUGUCCUCCAUCAAGAAGAGAAGAUCCACAGACGAGGAAGUGUUCUGUUUGCCUAUUAAAGGCCGUGAAAUCUAUGAGAUUUUGGUGAAAAUUAAAGAGUCUCUGGAGCUCAUGCAGUUUCUGCCCCAGCACACUAUCGAGUCAUACAGACAGCAGCAACAGAAUCUGGUCCAGAAACAAUGGGAUAUCUGGGACGAUCAGAGUAACGGCAUGUGUGCUUUUCCGUGCCCCAGGAGUCCCAUCCCCUCGCAGCCAGCCUUCGGCUCCAGCUCCCCCCCCCACAGUAAGGUGAACAAACUCCCCUCAGUGAGCCAACUCAUCAACCCCCAGCAGCGCAACUCCCUCACCCCCUCCAGCAUGUCUGGAGGCCUGACUGACAUGACUCCGAUGAUGGGCACACACAUCCCCAUGGGGGGAGACAUGAGCACGCUGAGCCCCACACACGCCCUGCAGACGCAGUUACCCAUGGUCCCCUCCCACUGCACACCCCCGCCACCUUACCCCAUGGACAGUAGCAUCUCCAGUUUCCUGUUGAGGCUGGGCUGUUCAGCCUGCCUGGACUACUUCACAGCCCAAGGCCUGACAAACAUCUACCAGAUUGAGAAUUAUAACAUGGAGGACCUGUCCAGGCUGAAGAUUCCCAGCGAGUUCCAGGCCAUCAUCUGGAAGGGGAUACUGGAGCACAGGCAAACCAUGGAGUUCUCGCCGGCGCCACACAUCCUGCGGGCCACCAGUGGCUCGUCCACGAUGAGCGUGGGCUCCUCGGAGGCGCGGGGCGAGCGGGUCAUCGACGCCGUGCGCUUCACGCUCCGCCAGACCAUCUCCUUCCCCCCGCGCGACGACUGGAGUGACUUCCCCUUCGACAUGGACUCCCGCCGCAACAAGCAGCAGCGCAUCAAGGAGGAGGGAGAGUGAGGAUGACCCCCGUGCCCCUUCCCUGCCCCUUCAUCGAUCCCUCCACGACCCCUCCACGAUCACGCAAGACUCAACUUCGCAGUGCCUUUGCUCUGUCCCACGGUUCGGUUUUCUUGAUGCAAAAAAAAAAAAAAAAAAAAAAAAAAAAAAGACAGAAAAGUUGCACUUAUUUCCUUUAUCGUUUUUGUUUUUUUUGUACUGGUGUUGUUUCCAUUUAUAAAGCCCCUUCAUUUAUAAAAAGGAAGGUGAGAGUCACUGGACAGUUCCUGGUUCUUUCUAAUGGUGGCAAUUUCUUUCACCUGACACAGGGCACUUCACUUUUUGUUAUUGCUUUGAACAGACGCAACAUUUCUCAUCCUGUGCUUGCGUUUAUCAAACAGGAAUGCAAACACGUGGGAGAUUUUUUGUUUUUUUUGUUUUUUUUGUUUUUUUGUUUACCAUGGCUGAAAGGUUCAUAUAAAGGACUCUUUUAGCUUGCGCAGUGAGUUUGAACUGAUCACAAGUGUCUUUCUCUGUACUACGGUGGUCUGGUUAAAACCUCUUUUCAAUAGUGUAAGGGGAAAUGUUGACAUGAGCACUGGCUUUAGCCAGAUAUGAUUGUAAGCGUUUGAAGUUGCAUAUUGUGCUGUAAUUCCUCCACAUAACUGUCUGAAGAAAGUGUUAUUCUGCCAAGUUUCCUUUUACAAAAGUGUUGCUUUAAAAUAUCAUUGAGUGAUGGUGUUACUUGUUUUUCUUGAUUAAGUACCAUUACAGAAUGUGCAAAGUAUUGAAUAACAGCCAUUAGCACUCACCCUUAAAAUGACAGACGAUUAAUGCUAAUCAUAGUACAGGGGGUUAUACGCAAACUUCUCAUUCUGGGAAAAAUAUAGAAAAAAUUCAUUUAGUGAAAAGCGGAUUUAUGAUCUAUGUAAUGUUGUCAUAAUGCGGUCCUACUGUGCGGAUUAAUUACUUUGUCCCACACUAGUUCCAUUAUUCACGAAGCAAACUACUGCCUGUCCUCUCGAUGACCCCUUCGUCCUAUUUCAGAUUUUCUCUUUAGUAUUUGGAUUGUGUGUUUGCCUGUCUGCCAAGUGACAUUGGAUUAUGAGGCAGUACACUAAGGAAUAUGUGGGUGGCUGUCUUGUAAUUGAUGCAUAAUAGUAUGUGUGAAUUUGAGGAACUUUACUCUACGCAUUGCCAGUCUUGUGUCUAUGGCCAGCUAGAACAAAAAAUUACUGUAUAUACUUUUUUUAUAUGAAAAUGACUUAAAAGUAGACAAAGGCUUUCCCCCUAAAAAGCUUUAUUUUUAAAGGAGCGUUUCAAUUUUUUUAAGCUUGGAUUUUUGGGGCUAUUGAAAGCCAAGCACGACGGCGGUUAGACCCAAAGGAUUUUGUUUUGUGCAGCGGAACUUCUCGACAAAUAAUUUUGAGUUAGUCUUGUGUAAUUCUUUUGCAUUUCAGUUGAAAAUAAGUGUACCCCUUAGUGUUAAGGGAUGAAAAAUUUUGUUUAUAAAAGAACAAGCAAGGUCUUAAUGGCCUUAGUUACACAAUUGUUGCAUAGAGAUUGAAAGAGAUUUAAACAUACUAGAGUCACUGCCAUUAACUGCACUGGGGAACAGUGCAGUGCCCAUUAUUGUGAAUGCAAAGUGCCGUUUUAUUGUUUUAUUGUUUUUCUUUGAUAAUGUCAUUUCAUUAUGUGCUAGAGCAUAGAGUCCUUGAUUUCAAAUAAAGGUUCUGGAUUUUGUUUAUCUACAUAUGUGAACAGCAUUUAUAGCAGUGUCAUCUAGCAUGGUGGACAAAAUUUUGUUGGAGAGAAUUUUGUUGAUACUUUUUUUUUUUUUUACUUAAAAGUGUUAAAUAUGCUGACUGCUUCAAACAAUGUAAUGGUGUCAUAGCCAUAUCUUGAAUAGAAAGUUUGAACCACAAUGGUCUGACAUUUUGCAUUCAAGAUAACCUUUUUUUGUACUGGCUUUUUUGUAUUAUGUAAUGGGGGGAAACUUAUUUGUCAUAUUGUACAAUGUCUUGUAAAUAUUUCACAAGUUACAGAUUUAUAAACAUUCUUCCUUAUUUUGAUAUAAACAAAAAAAUUAAAAGUUAAUUGGUUAAAGAAA